AUGGAUGUCUUCCGUGUCUACACAUAUUCAACGGCCGCAUGGCUUUCAUUGCAGGGCCUGCCUUUGCUACUAGGCCCGAUGAUCGAGGUCUACUUUGCUCGCUGCCUUGGAAUGGGUCUUUUGACUAUCGCAGUAUUAACUGUGAUGCUAACGGGCUCGAUUCCGCUCAACGCCACCAUUGCCGAACCCGUGUCAACAGAAGAUUCGGAUCCCAAGGCCCCGUAUGCUCUACCAACUCUGAUGGUUACUUCGGUGCUUCAUGCUUCGUCGGCAUUUUACGCGUACACAUGGUAUGCCACCGGGGGUCAAGGAGCAUUUGCUUUAGCAGUUUUGGGGAAUUCUAUCCUUGCGGCCAUCGUCCGCACCUCACUCCUUGCUCGGGUACAACUCCCCGCCGCUUCAAACACACUCCCUUUCUUCUCCGCAUCGCCAAAAGCAGCGUCCAACUCCCCCACAGCGCGUACGAAGUACACACCCAGGUUCAUGGAUUCCAACUUGCAGCAGACCCCCUCUGCUCGGGCCUUAGCGUCGAUCGAAAGUAUUGGUGAAACUCCAAACUUAGCUGGACAGCUAGGCUCUUUCCCCCAAAACGCGCAACCCUUUGCGUCAUUCCGCAACAUCGACAAUGUCGCGGCGCGGCCUCAUCUGCACAACUCCACUCGAACCCAUGACACGAUCACCUUAGAGAACAAUGUACAUGAUAGUUCAAGUGAUGACAUUUCACUCUUGCCAUCGGCGGAUUCGUCCUUUCCGCAGUCCGGCUAUGAAGGACUAGCACAAGACCCAAUGGCCGCAAGUUUCGCAGGCCAAUUGCAGGGUAUGAGACUGGUACCAGAGCCGCCAAACUUGGAAUAUUGGAGAAAUCGGUUAUUCCAUGUGGAUGAAAUGAUUACGCUGAGCGAGGAUGAGUUCCAAACCUACUUCCCACACGUCGACAAUGUCUACUCUCAUCGUUCAACACAACGAUACAAACGCAGGCCAUUCGUAUCUCAUUAUUGGGACUGUCGCCUCAAAGGUCGCCCUCCAGGAACACCAAAGUCCGACGACCCAAACAAAAAGAAACGUAAACGCACCGCCAGAGAAAGAGAUCUCUGUGAUGUGAAGAUAAAAAUCACAGAAUACUUACCAGGAGCUGCUACGGUUGAUAGAGCCGGCGGGUUCGAAUCUUUGCCUGCCGACCUAUUGCCAGGAAGGCAUACUUUAUUUCCAGUCCAAGGCGACCAGCAUUUUGGUGUACUUGCACCAAGCCCCAACCUCGCACCAAGCCCUCCAGGAACAGGUAGCAGAAGAUAUUAUACUAUACAGCGAGUGAAUGGUAAUGGUGCAAAUGGGAAGAAUGAUGGCGUGAGCGGGGGUCAUCGGCACACACUCGAAGAGAGUGAUCGUGUCAAGAAGAACAGUGUACAGCGAUAUCUCUUGAAAGAUAAAGGGAAGAAAAAAGGCUCGUUCCGAGUCAUGUCUGCACAGCAGAAAUCAUACCACACGAAAGCGACAGGCCCAGCGGCUGUGACCGCAGUGAACCGUUCCGCCGAGACGAAUCUUAAGUUAUAUGGGAGUUGCUUUUGCCCCUUUGUCCAGCGAGUAUGGAUUUCUUUGGAAUUGAAAGGUAUUCCAUACCAGUAUAUUGAGAUCGACCCAUAUGAAAAACCCCAGUCUCUGUUAGAGAUCAACCCGCGAGGGCUUGUUCCUGCAUUGCAACAUGAUGACUGGGGUUGUUAUGAAAGCAGUGUGAUUAUGGAAUAUCUCGAAGAUCUGAAGCUUGGGACGAAUCUUUUCCCCCUGGAUCCGAAGUCGCGUGCUCAUUGCCGUUUAUGGGCGGACCACAUCAACCGAAAUAUUGUGCCGAACUUCUAUCGGGUGCUCCAGGAGCAGGACCCACAGAAACAAGUUGAAAAUGCCCAGGAACUUCAAGAUGCUUUCAAUCUGCUCAUCACAGCAGCGCAUCCAAGCGGCCCGUAUUUCAUGGGAACCCAAAUCUCCUUUGUGGAUAUCCAAGCCGCCCCAUGGGUCAUUCGGCUGGCUCGGGUGCUGAAGCCUUAUCGGGGUUGGCCAGAUCCCGAAGGGGGAAGCAGGUGGGCUUCGUGGGUGACUGCCAUUGAGACCAAUGAGCAUGUUCUUGCAACAACCAGUAACGAUGAGCUAUACUUGGAUAGUUAUCAACGCUAUGCAGAGAACCGCCCAAACACGUCCCAAGUCGCAAAUGCGAUCAAUUCCGGACGUGGUCUCCCGUAG